AUGAUGGAGCCCAUUACCAAGGAGACAAGAUUCAACGAGCUUCCGCAGCAGAUAAAGCAGAAGCUGAUCAACAUCUAUAGAAGCUCCCACCAGCAGUAUCUAUCGAUGGAGAUGCUGAAGCCCACGAAGUUCAAUCUCUUAUACUCGCAGACACAGGAUCUUCAGACAAGAAACCUGCAGAAAAAUUUUAAGCUUCUGGUGGAGAGUGCAGAGAAGCUGAAGAGGAUGUGGAAUCUCAACAAGGACGAAGUCGACUUCCGGUACCUGCAUGAGAACCUGAAGAAGUCUUUGGAGGAAUUCAAGGAGGAGGUGAUGCUGUACAAGAAGAACGAAGGAAACACAGAGUUCCUUGACGAGAUUGCCAUGACAUAUGCAAUGCUCAGGAAUAAGCUCGAAAGCCUUACAAAGGAAAGAAGAGCGUAG